UUGUUAAUUAUUCAACAUAUUUAAAAGAAAAUGGCUAUGGCAGCUUGUGUGAAAGUGAUUCUAGGCUCAGUUGCCUUCGCAAUCUUCUGGGUAUUGGCAGUUUUUCCUGCUGUGCCAUGCCUACCUAUUGGAAGAACUGCAGGGUCCCUCUUGGGAGCUACCUUGAUGGUCAUAUUCCAAGUCAUGACCGUCGAUCAAGCCUACGAAUCGAUCGAUCUUCCGAUCCUCGUUCUCCUCUUCGGAACGAUGGUGGUUAGCGGAUACCUGGAGAGAGCCGAUGCAUUUAAGUACUUGGGUAAGCUGUUGACAUGGAAGAGCAAAGGUGCAAAGGAUUUGAUCUUCAGGAUCUGCUUGGUUUCGGCUGUUUCCAGUGCUUUGUUCACCAAUGACACAUCUUGUAUGGUCUUGACCGAGUUCGUGUUGAAGAUUGCAAGGGAGAAUAAUCUGCCGCCCGAGCCUUUCUUGCUUGCGCUUGCUUCCAGUGCAAAUAUCGGGUCAACCGCAACCCCUAUUGGUAACCCCCAGAAUCUGGUGAUCGCCACUCAGAGUGGGGUUUCCUUCUGGGAAUUCGCGACCGGGAUUCUCCCUGCAACUAUAUUGGGUGUUUUUUUCAAUGCUUUGUUGCUUAUAUUCAUAUACGGUGACUUGUUAUCUGUUAAGAAAGAUCAAGAGGAUCCGACUGCAGGAUUCGUUAACGGCGAGUGUGUCAAUUCUCACCAGUUUUCGCCGGCUACGAUGGGCGGUGUGGGCUCCGCUCAUCAUGAAACUCUUAGACACAGAGUGAAUUCCGAGCCCGAGAAUCACUGGUUCUUGAAUGGAGCCUAUUGGGACCAUAGGGACCAACCCUGUUCGCGAAGAUGGAAAAUGCAGCUAUGGAAAUCAUGUGUUUAUCUUGUCGUGGUCGGAAUGUUGGUGUCUCUGCUUAUGGGACUUAAUAUGUCUGGGACUGCCAUUACUGCGGCGCUUGCUCUCAUGAUACUCGAUUUCAAAGAUGCUGUGCCAUGCUUGGAGAAGGUAUCCUACUCUCUUCUGUUAUUCUUCUGUGGGAUGUUUGUGACGGUCCAAGGGUUCAAUCGAACUGGAAUCCCGAGUACUUUGUGGGAGUUAAUGGAACCUUACGCAAAGAUUGAUGAAAUCAGUGGACUAGCAAUUCUUGCACUUGUUAUUCUCAUUCUGUCAAAUUUGGUUUCAAAUGUGCCUACUGUUCUUUUGCUCGGAGCGAGGAUGGCGGCAUCGUCGGCAUUGAUAUCACCGGCCUUUGAGAAGAAAGCAUGGCUGAUUUUGGCUUGGGUGAGCACGGUGGCCGGGAACCUCUCGUUGUUGGGGUCGGCAGCCAACUUGAUUGUGUGCGAGCAAGCCUGCCGCGUUCCGGAUAUGGGCUACACUUUAACCUUUUGGAAGCAUCUCAAAUUCGGAGUCCCUUCCACACUUUUAGUCACUGCCAUUGGCUUGAUGCUCUUGAAAUCAUAACACAAAGCAUCUGAAUCGUGGCUUGUGAAUAGCAC